AUGGAUGUCCAUCGUGCAAUGUUCAACUACGAGUACGUUUACAAUAUGAUGGAACAAGGAAUUAUCAAAGACAUUAAUACAGUGCAUGAGUUUAUAAGUGGAGCAACUUGUCUUCAUAUAGCAGCUAUGAAUAAUGAUAAGAAAUUGGUCGAUUAUCUGCUCCAGAAGCAGGCAGAUGUAAAUUUAAAAAGUGAAUUCUGGGGUACAGCUCUCCAUAUAGCUGUUAUGGAAGAAAAUCUGGCAAUAACUGAGAGCUUAAUCAACUAUGGAGCAGGCGUUAAUACUCAAUUACUUAAUGCCACUUACUACACACCCUUACAAUUAGCGGUUGAGCAAAACAACAAAGACAUUGCUGAAUUUUUAAUUAAAAAUGGUGCAGAUGUUAAUGCUGUGUUAACUAAUAAUAAAUCUGAAUUUAUCCAACCACCAUUACAUCUGGCUAUUGAGAAGGGAAAUGAAGGAAUGGUAGAGCUGCUCUUGCAAAAUAAUGCUGAUCUUAAUAUUGAUGUUGUUCCUUAUGGUAAACCACUUGACGUUGCUAUCAGAGAAGAAAACUUGGAAAUUGUGAAGCUUCUUCUUGCGUAUGGCGCAGAUAUUAAAGAUUCAACUGAUUAUCAAUUUGGACAAGACAUUUCUCUACAUGUUGCCGUUUCAACCAAAAAUUUAAAAGUAGUGGAAUUAUUGUUAUCUGAUCCUACCAUUGAUGUAAAUAUAGUGUCCAACGAUGGAAAUUCAGUUCUUCACGACGGAGUUGAGUACGGUUGCAGCAUUAUUAUUAUAAAUCAUCUUCUUGAUGCUGGCGUUGAUAUUAAUUUAAAAAACAAUUGUGGUGAAACGGUAUUUGAUCGAUUUCAUGUUAUUGAAAAAGAUGCUCUCGAUACAUUACAACAUUAUGUUGUAAAACUUAGUGCGGCCUCGUUAUAUGUCAGUGACGAAAAUUUAGCACGAGUGAAUAAAAAAAAAUAUAAUCCAGUGCGUGAGAAGUGUAUGAAAGAAAUUGAACAGAUGAAACAUAGAAUGAUUGGUAGUUUUACAUUGUAUGAUUUAUUGCAUAAAUCUGAAUACAAAUUGGCUGCUGGUUUAAAACACAUUCCUAAUAAUAUUAUUUUGAGUUGGGACUUUCAAUCUAUUUUCCCACUAUACGGUGGAAUGGUGGCUUAUCGUUUAAAAAGAGCAUUAGGGCGAAAAAAUUUGUUACUUAAUGUCAGUGAUUUAGUAUAUGCUAUUUUUAAUAAUAUUCAACUACCAAGAACUUUUACAAAAAUGAUUUUUGACUAUCUUACUAACACCGAUUUAAAGAAAUUAGACGUUUCGGAUGAUUCCCAAGUAGAUAUCUUAAUCAAGAUGUUAGAAUCACAGCGUAUAUAG